CUUAUCGUUGCCUUUUGUUAUGACGAAUGGACUUUUCAAUGGAAUAAAUAUUUUGGCAAAAAUUUCGAGAUGAAAGCGUAAACACAUGGAUAAUGUGAAUGUCAUAUGGUUUGCAAGACAUGUUUACCUUUUCGAUUUUCACGUUGUUUGGCAACGAAUUUGUUCUCAGAAAUUGUGUACUAACGCGUAGUAUGUAUAUGGACUCAAUAACAUAUCAACACAGAUGUACAUGCUUACGGUAAACAUCCCGAAUGAGUACAAUACUUCAAUAAUUGAAGAAUGGACUAAGAACAAUUCUUAUAACAUUUACUUCAAACAGUCAUCUUAUCAAGGUUACCUGGACCCUUUGUUUCUCGAGUCAAUAAAUAUACAUUGGAUGCGAUUCGUUCCGCCGAAGCCAUGGGAACAUUACACACUGGCAAUUAUCUAUUUGUGCAUAAUGGUGUUUGGAAUAUUCGGAAAUGCCUUGGUUGGGUACAUGUUCUUACGAUGCCGAAUUUUGCGAACUUCAGCUAAUAUUUUGGUAAUAAAUCUGGCAAUAUCGGAUUUUCUAAUGCUGGCCAAGACUCCAAUAUUUAUUUACAAUAGUCUGAAGUUUGGUCCCAUUCUCGGUGAUGUCGCAUGCCGUAUGUAUGGAUUUCUUGGUGGUUUGACUGGUACCGUGUCAAUAACAACAUUGACAGCAAUAUCGCUCGAUCGCUACUUUGUGAUUAUUUAUCCGCUAAAUCCCCGUAUAUUGGGCAGCAAAAAAUUGCGUCCGAUUAUCAUGUUGGCAUUCGUGUGGUUAUACAGUUUUGGAUUUGCCAUAAUGCCAGCACUUGAUAUGGGUUUCAGCAAAUAUACGCCGGAAGGUUUUUUAACCAGUUGUAGCUUUGACUAUUUAGACGAUCGUGCAUCAGCUCGAAUAUUUAUGUUUUUAUUUUUUGUCGGCGCCUGGUGCAUUCCGCUCACAAUAAUUGUCUAUUGCUAUGCACAAAUUAUGAAAGUGGUCAAAGCAACCGGUAAAAUUCAAUCGAGCCGAAGUCAAAAUCGUGUUGAACGUAAGCUUAUGAUUGUUGUGGUAAAUGUGAUUGUUUUGUGGUUUGUGGCAUGGACACCAUACUCAAUUGUUGCGUUGCUUGGCAUUUCCGGGAAAAAUGAGUAUCUUACACCGUGGGCCAGCAUGUUACCAGCCGUUUUUUGUAAAGCAUCCGCUUGUCUCAAUCCAUAUUUAUACUCAAUGACCCAUCCACAAUUCAAAAAAGAGAUUUUACGCUUUCUUCAUGCGAAAUUUGGUAUUGGCCAUGGACCACAACUGACAUCAACAGCAAAAACGAUGAGCGUACGUUUUGUUAGCAGCAAAUUUACGCGACGAACAUCAAAUAUGGGUAUGAAUACGUAUUAAUGUUCUCUAGAAAUGCAAGUCAAUGUAACUACGUCAAACUAAAAAAUGAAUCACAAUUCAAAAGAAAAAUUUCAAUUUGAGCGGAUAUAAUGCCAUUUGAACGGGAUAUUAUUGAUUUUUGAUGUAACGGCAUUUGAAUUAGACAGCAAAUUAGAAAGCAAUUUUCAUGAAUGUGCAAUGUGAUUACACCAAGAAAUUUAAUUCUAAUUUCUUGAGAAAGGGUAUUGAGAAUUAUCCACCAUCACACAUGUACAAUUACUAUGGAAUACAUUGUGUGUGCUCUUGUAGAAGCAACAUUUUCAAGCAUUUUAAUUUAAUCUAUGCCGAAGACGCUUUUCAAGCUGCGUUCGUCUGUAAUACAAAUUGGAGUUAGUAUUUGUAUUCACAAUAACAAAAUCCCUUUAGUUAUCAUACCCAACAAUCUAUCAUGCGAAUAAUCAAAUAACAUCGAAUCUUCAUUUUCAUGGAAACAAAAAAAAAGUUCAUCACUUUUUCUAAGCAACCAUUACCAUUACCUAUAUAAAAAAAAAUCAAGCAACAAAUCAGUUUUCAACAUUCGAUUAGGCCCCCUAAAUAUUAAGUUCAGAGAGAUAAUCUUUUGGAGAUAUAUUUAUUUAAGUUAAUUUUGUUUGAAAAGAACAAGAAAGUAAGAUAAGAUUGCCCAU